GAGCCCGCCGCCCAGUUGACGUCUCCCCCACCAGCUCCCUCCUCUCCCACCGCCCCUCUCGCACCACCUCGUCCUCGUUCACCUUCUCGUCUUCUCUCCUCCGCCUGCGGCGGCGCUUCCUCUUCCCUCCGCCCCAAUGGAUCUCAUUGGGAAACCUCUAAAUCCCAACAAACGCAUCAAAGAAGAAUUCGUUAGCAACCUCACGGGAACGUCGAUGUUGGAGAUUGCUGCCCUAACCUCGAUCGUACCCGCGUUGGUUGUCAUCCGGCAAUGGAGCAGCUUCGCACGAGUAAACGGUCAUCUUAAUGCUAAGGAAGCUGUGGCAAAGAAAAAUUACAAUGCAACUUCUUGUACUAAAGAUUGGAGGAGUCACACGGUUGCACUGGCUAUGGACUAUAUAUGUGUUGUUGUGCCAAUUCUUUUAGUUUUCACUGUUCUUGCUGAAUGGGCUUAUACAUGUGCAAGCCUUGUGUUCCUUUUGCUGCUUUUCUGCAUUUUAGCUAGAAGGCACAGAUCUCAUUUUCAUUUUAGUGAUGGGUCACAACAUUGCUCUUCAUUCAGAACAUAUAUUUCAUCAUACCGAGUAUCAGUGAUGCUGGUGACAUGCUUGUGCAUAUUGGCUGUGGACUUCCAAAUCUUUCCUAGACGCUAUGCUAAGACUGAAACAUAUGGUACUGGUUUGAUGGAUGUUGGAGUGGGAUUAUUUGUUGUGACAAAUUCAUUAGUAUCAAAACAAGCACGGAAUGCCAUGUCAAUGAACUGGAAGGCAGCAUUUCGAUCUAUAAGUCCACUAGUAUUACUAGGAUUUGGUCGGCUUAUUUUCACAACAGGUGUAGAUUAUCAGGUUCAUGCAGGGGAAUAUGGUGUUCACUGGAAUUUCUUUUUCACGCUUGCAGCUGUAACUGUCCUGACAUCCAUAAUUAACGUCCAUCCCAAAUAUUGUGGAAUAUUUGGUUUGUUGAUUCUAGUAGCAUAUCAGAUAUGCUUGAGGCAUGGUUUAAGUGCAUAUUUGAUUUCAAAUGAAAGGACAGCGGAUAUCAUCAGCCAAAAUAAAGAAGGAUUUUUCAGUGUAUUUGGAUAUUGGGGUUUGUACUUAAUCGGUGUUCAUCUGGGGUAUGAAAUAUUCGAUGGAAAUCAUUCAUCCUCCGCCGCUGGAAAUACUCAAUGGGCAAGAGUUAGAGUUUGGACUCUUUCUGCUUUGUUUUGGUUCUUGACUAUCAUUCUGGACAAUUAUGUGGAAAGAGUUUCUCGUCGGACGUGUAACCUGGCAUAUGUCAUGAUUGUAUUUGCCCAGACCUUCCAGGUUUUAUCAAUUCUCAUGCUUUCGGAUUUCACUUAUGUGCAAAAGCCUUUAGUACUUGAAGAGGCAUUCAAUCAGAAUAUGCUGGGAACCUUUCUUCUGGCAAAUGUGCUCACUGGCAUGGUAAAUUUAUCUGUGGAUACCCUUUCUGCAUCUUCUUUUGGAGCAAUUGGUAUUUUGCUGGGAUAUUCUAGUAUUUUAACUGCUGUUGUUGGUCUCGCUUGGUUUUACGGCAUCAAACUAAAAUUUUGGUAAAUUGAUACACGGUGCUCUAUAGUAGCAUAUACAUUAGAACGUUUUAUUGAAUCCAAUAUCCAUCAAUCAAUUUGCAGCCUCAGCUCAGCUGAGUAGCUGAAUUUACUUUCUUUUUCCGAUAUCUACCAACAAUUCUCUUUUAAAAUUAAUUGUUGAUUCGGGUAGUAAUACCCCAUGAAAUAGAUG